UUUCAACUUCAAGCUCCAAGUUCAACUUCUUGAUAAUUUUGCAUACCGUAAUCUUUCUCACCACCUUAGCCUAGCUGGUCCACUCUUGUUGCAGCAUGCUAAUCUUCUAGAACGUUGAGGAGGGGGUGGAAGGACUACUUUGCUGUCCACUUUGGAAUUGAAUGGUGCAGGUGAAGGUGGUGGGGCCCUGGUAGUGCGAAGAAUCCUCUGGUGCGCGAUGGAGUGCAUUGUUCAGGGGGUGAUUGAAAUCAAGAACGUUCCUGGUUUCCAGACUCUUCUCCAGGGACUUUGCGGCACCUGCUCUAGCCCCGUGCGCUGCCAUGAGAUUUGCCUCAGGAGCGGGCCAAACCUGGGGGCAGUAGAGUCGGAGGUUCGCCUGCUGUGCAACCUCGUGGAAGAAAGCCCCCGCUGGACUGUCCAGCACAUCGGCAGCGCAAUGCGUGGGGCCGCCGCCGAACAGCUCCCAGCGGCGGUGCGGACUCUCCUCACGUCAGCCGUCACCGAGAACGCAUUGCCCGUGUUUUUGGCCCUCGGGUACCGCGUCGACUACGAGCUGCUCAAGGAGGGGGUCACCUUCUGCUGCGUGCGCCAGGGGGUCCCUCUUGAUGUUAGCGUCCUCACAAUCUCGAAACUUCCCGUCCUGCACGACCUCUCCCAGGCCGUCCCCCUCACCCCCGGCCUCCAGUUGGUCCAAGUCACCGGCCCGGCAGCCCCCGGCAAGUUUGCAGAGCCGGCCGCAGCAAUCGCCGGCCUCGCAGAACACGUGGUCCAGUAUGUGCGCCUCUCAAAGCCUGGCGUGUUGGCUGGCUUCCCGCCAGCUCAAAAUCCAGCCGGGGGCGCUUAAUGACCUCCGCGGGUUGCAACCUGGAGUGACGCCACUCCACUCAGGAAUGACAUACGCGGACGAGUGCAGUCAAAGGCGGACCCGUGUACUGCUCAAUGCACGUCGGGCGGGCUCCCCUGAUUGUACCCCUCCACAACCAUCUUUGGCACACUGCCAGAGUGACCAACGUGCGAAGUCAAAUUAUGCGCACGAGCGGAACAUGAAGUCUUGCUAUGACGUUCAAAAUCUGGUCGAGCAGGGGAAGAGGAAGCGUUUACGCAGGGAGAUUGGGGAAAGCGAUGACGACAAGGGUGCGUUGGUGGCAUAGAUCCAAAAUCCGUGUCCUAAUCUGCCAAUGCUAGCCCACAUUGGCUAACGGUCUGAGGUUGCUUGACGAGGGUGGCGAUGACCACUGUUCAACAGAUUGAUGCUCACGAGAAACGAACUGCUCUGCCGCGAAAGAGUAAAGUACAAUGGUUGUCGAAAAAGUAUUGGCUGGAUUGUCCUGCUUUUGUAUACUCGAGCUGUGAAAAAAGAAGGAACGGAUGGAAGACAACAUCGAAACGAAAAACUAUAUUCGUCAAGGCAGAUGCAGCUCAGCUACUACACGUGUACUACACGGUAAUGAUAUAAGAUGACCUCCGCCGGCUGCAUCAUUGGGAGAAACCACAUAAUUGCCCGGAAAACUUUCUGAGUAGUGACUGAUGCUAUCUGCAGGCGGGAAAAACUCGAUCAGGUGAUCCGACGG